ACCAUGAACCAGAUGCUGGAGAAGAUGAAGCAGGGGGAUCACGUGUUUGACGUGAAUGCUGAGGCGGAGCCGGACGAGGAGGAGUGUCAGGACUUUAGGGAUGAUUUUGAUGGAGACUAUGAGGAGGGUCAGGGGGACUAUGUUGGAGAGGGCUCCAAAGAACACAAGGACAGCUGUAAGGCUGGAGGGCCCGGGAGAGGAAGGUGAGUGUACUGAGGGUGUUUGUUACAGGGUGGUAACAACCUGGGGGUGUUUGUUGCAGGGUGGUAACAACCUGGGGGCGUUUGUUACAGGGUGGUAACAACCUGGGGGUGUUUGUUACAGGGUGGUAACAACCUGGGGGUGUUUGUUACAGGGUGGUAACAAACCUGGAGGUGUUUGUUACAGAGUGGUAAGAACCUGGGGCUGUUUGUUACAGGGUGGUAACAACCUGGGGGCGUUUGUUACAGGGUGGUAACAACCUGGGGCCGUUUGUUACAGGGUGGUAACAACCUGGGGCUGUUUGUUACAGGGUGGUAACAACCUGGGGGUGUUUGUUACAGGGUGGUAACAACCUGGGGGUGUUUGUUGCAGGGUGGUAACAACCUGGGGGUGUUUGUUGCAGGGUGGUAACAACCUGGGGGCGUUUGUUACAGGGUGGUAACAACCUGGGGGCGUUUGUUGCAGGGUGGUAACAACCUGGGGGCGUUUGUUGCAGGGUGGUAACAACCUGGGGGUGUUUGUUGCAGGGUGGUACCAACCUGGGGGUGUUUGUUGCAGGGUGGUACCAACCUGGGGGUGUUUGUUACAGGGUGGUAACAACCUGGGGGCGUUUUCUACAGGGUGGUAAGAACCUGGGGGUGUUUGUUACAGGGUGGUAUCAACCUGGAAGGUGUUUGUUACAGGGUGGCAACAACCUGGGGGUAGCAUGCUGAGGAUGUUUGUUGGUACUCUGCUUGUUUAUACCUGUAGAGGAUCCCAGGGAUAUUUCAUGAGGCACCAAGGGGUAUUCCACUUGUAAACGGGUCCGGUAGCUUGAAGUGACCUUGUUCCGUCUCUUGUUUUUUUUGUUUUUUUGUGUGUACCAUGAUGUCCUGAGUGUUUUAAAACUGUUAUGACAGUAACACACCCAAACCCAUUAAAUAUCCAGUUUAGAUGUCAGGAUGAAUGAAGGGAAACCAUUUGACUUUUGACAGAAACAGCUCUACUAAUGACUAUGACCUACUUAACUUCGAUCCAGACAGGCAAAAGCAAGUGGACUAACUGAAGACGUGUUAGUAAAUCCAUAUUUUUCUCAGUCUAGGUUUAAAAAUGAAACUGAUGUUUGUCUUUUCCGUCUUUCUAUCCUGUAUCUUCAUGUUUUUUUAAAUCAGGUAAGUUGACUGAGAACAUAUUCUCAUUUACAGCAACGACCUGGGGAAUAGUUACAGUGGAGAUGAAUGAGCCAAUUGGAAGAUUAGGUGGCCAUGAUGGUAUGAGGGCCAGAUUGGGAAUUUAGCAAGGACACCAGGGUUAACACCCCUACUCUUACGAAAAGUGCCAUGGGAUCUUUAGUGACAACAGAGAGUCAGGACACCCGUUUAACGUCCCAUCCAAAAGACUGCACCCUACACAGGGCAAUGUCCCCAAUCACUGCCCUGGGGCAUUGGCAUUAGUUGUUUUUUUUAUCAGAGGAAAGAGUGCCUCCUACUGGCCCUCCAACACCACCUCCAGCAGCAUCUGGUCUCCCAUCCAGGGACCGACCAAGACCAACCCUGCUUAGCAUCAGAGGCAAGCCAGCAGUGGGAUGCAGGGUGGUAUGCUGCUGGCCAUGUAUUUUAAUGUCAUUCUGUGGUGUGGCUGACUGUCCACAGGGAUGUGAUUCCCAUUGGAGAGGGGGAUAUAGCCACCAUGUGUCUGCAGCUGUCCGACCAGCCCAGAGAGUACUCCUACUUCAGCCCUAGAACCAUGGCUACCUGGGCAGGCCCUGGCUACUGGCGCUUCAAACCUCUGCACAAGAGUGAGUGGUGGUUGUACACACAGAGCCAUGUUGUAUAUGUAGUUUAUCUGUGUUUGGGAUAUUCCCUUAAUGGCAUUGUCCACUGAAUAUCUCCUGUUCAUUCCCCCGUCUCCCUCUCUGUGUGUGUGUGUGUGUGUGUGUGUGUGUGUGUGUGUGUGUGUGUGUGUUUAGAGGACAACAUGCCUGAGAAGGAGGGUCGCAAGAGGAAGCCUAAGAAGGCCUUUGAAAUCGACUUUAACGACGAUGUCAACUUUGAAACCUACUUCCGCACCACUAGAGUAAGCCCUUGGUUACUGUCGUAGAAAUAUUUGACAAAAAAAUAUCUCUCAAGAAACUGGAGCUUGUGAAUCCAAAAAUGUGACUUUAUUAUUGCGUAACAAAGCCGAGCUUGCUCCAUGGAACAACUGCUUGCCCUGACCCGGAGCUCUCCUUUUAUACAGACACAAAUGCAUUGUCAUGCUUAUACAACAUACAUAGUUACUCCUCUCUAUGUGAAUGAAUAACAUCUUUCAGUAUCACAUGUUGGCUACUCACGAGGCUACGUGCAUUUCUCUAAGUGGGGCUUCUGUCUCUUAUUAGUGGCGUGACUCAAAAAAUUAUAUACAUACGUACGUUAAAGAACAAUCACACUCUGUAUUGACUAUAUUCACUAUCCAGACAUACAUCUGGAGUAAAAGUAUCAAUCAUGUUCAUUCUGUUUUACCUUUAUCAUUUCAUAACACAUUAUAAAACAUAUAAAUUAAUACUUAAACAUGGUUUAAACAUGUCAUGGCCAUAACCCAUUCUCAACCACAUACAUUUAAGCAAAUCCCAAAAAGCAUCCUCCCAGGACCCUUGAGAUUAUGUGCAUGUGGCUAUGUGUCAGGUCAUAAGCACAAACAAAUGAUAACACUAGUUCCAUUGUUACUCCAAUCUCCACAAAGCCACCACGAGGAGUUGUAUCUCCAUCACAUGUCAUUGACAUACCCAGACCAGCUGCAGGGAGUUAUCAAAAGCACAGCGUUUGCACUAAAGAAAUGUUUCUGCUCUGUUUUAACCCUUCAACUGUUUCUCAAUCCAUAAGCAUUUAAGGCAUAUAUAUGUUUAAUUCUACAACAUAUGUACUAGAAAAUCAUCCAUACAGUGGGGGGAAAAAGUAUUUAGUCAGCCACCAAUUGUGCAAGUUCUCCCACUUAAAAAGAUGAGAGAGGCCUGUAGUUUUCAUCAUAGGUACACGUCAACUAUGACAGCCAAAAUGAGACUAUUUUUUCCAGAAAAUCACAUUGUAGGAUUUUUUAUGAAUUUAUUUGCAAAUUAUGGUGGAAAAUAAGUAUUUGGUCAAUAACAAAAGUUUCUCAAUACUUUGUUAUAUACCCUUUGUUGGCAAUGACACAGGUCAAACGUUUUCUGUAAGUCUUCACAAGGUUUUCACACACUGUUGCUGGUAUUUUGGCCCAUUCCUCCAUGCAGAUCUCCUCUAGAGCAGCUGUCGCUGGGCAACACAGACUUUCAACUCCCUCCAAAGAUUUUCUAUGGGGUUGAGAUCUGGAGACUGGCUAGGCCACUCCAGGACCUUGAAAUGCUUCUUACGAAGCCACUCCUUCGUUGCCCGGGCGGUGUGUUUGGGAUCAUUGUCAUGCUGAAAGACCCAGCCACGUUUCAUAUUCAAUGCCCUUGCUGAUGGAAGGAGGUUUUCACUCAAAAUCUCACGAUACAUGGCCCCAUUCAUUCUUUCCUUUACACGGAUCAGUCGUCCUGGUCCCUUUGCAGAAAAACAGCCCCAAAGCAUGAUGUUUCCACCCCCAUGCUUCACAGUAGGUAUGGUGUUCUUUGGAUGCAACUCAGCAUUCUUUGUCCUCCAAACACGACGAGUUUAGUUUUUACCAAAAAGUUCUAUUUUGGUUUCAUCUGACCAUAUGACAUUCUCCCAAUCCUCUUCUGGAUCAUCCAAAUGCACUCUAGCAAACUUCAGACGGGCCUAGACAUGUACUGGUUUAAGCAGGGGGACACGUCUGGCACUGCAGGAUUUGAGUCCCUGGCGGCGUAGUGUGUUACUGAUGGUAGGCUUUGUUACUUUGGUCCCAGCUCUCUGCAGGUCAUUCACUAGGUCCCCCUGUGUGGUUCUGGGAUUUUUGCUCAGCGUUUUUGUGAUCAUUUUGACCCCACGGGGUGAGAUCUUGCGUGGAGCCCCAGAUCGAGGGAGAUUAUCAGUGGUCUUGUAUGUCUUCCAUUUCCUAAUAAUUGCUCCCACAGUUGAUUUCUUCAAACCAAGCUGCUUACCUAUUGCAGAUUCAGUCUUCCCAGCCUGGUGCAGGUGUACAAUUUUGUUUCUGGUGUCCUUUGACAGCUCUUUGGUCUUGGCCAUAGUGGAGUUUGGAGUGUGACUGUUUCAAAUCAAAUCAAAUUUUCACAUGCGCCGAAUACAACAGGUGCAGACAUUACAGUGAAAUGCUUACUUACAGCCCUUAACCAACAGUGCAUUUAUUUUUAACAAAAAAAGUAAAAAUAAAAUAACAACAAAAAAAGUGAUGAGAAAAAAAAGAGCAGAAGUAAAAUAAAAUAACAGUAGGGAGGCUAUAUAUACAGGGGGGUACUGGUGCAGAGUCAAUGUGCGGGGGCACCGGCUAGUUGAGAUAGUUGAAGUAAUAUGUACAUGUGGGUAGAGUUAAAGUGACUAUGCAUAAAUAAUUAACAGAGUAGCAGCAGCGUAAAAAGGAUGGGGUGGGGGGGGGGGGCAGUGCAAAUAGUCUGGGUAGCCAUGAUUAGCUGUUCAGGAGUCUUAUGGCUUGGGGGUAGAAGCUGUUGAGAAGUCUUUUGGACCUAGACUUGGCACUCCGGUACCGCUUGCCGUGCGGUAGCAGAGAGAACAGUCUAUGACUAGGGUGGCUGGAGUCUUUGACAAUUUUGAGGGCCUUCCUCUGACACCGCCUGGUAUAGAGGUCCUGGAUGGCAGUUUGAGGUUGUGGACAGGUGUCUUUUAUACUGAUAACAAGUUCAAACAGGUGCCAUUAAUACAGGUAACAAGUGGAGGACAGAGGAGCCUCUUAAAGAAGAAGUUACAGGUCUGUGAGAGCCAGAAAUCUUGCUUGUUUGUAGGUGACCAAAUACUUAUUUUCCACCAUAAUUUGCAAAUAAAUUCAUUAAAAAUCCUACAAUGUGAUUUUCUGGGAUUUUUUUUCUCAAUUUGUCUGUCAUAGUUGACGUGUACCUAUGAUGAAAAUUACAGGCCUCUCAUCUUUUUAAGUGGGAGAACAUGCACAAUUGGUGGCUGACUAAAUACUUUUUUCCCCCACUGUAUAUAGAAACUCAUCCAUAUUACCCCUCCAGUUCUCUGAUGAUUGUUUGAUCUGCACCCAAGAGCAUUAAUCACUAGUAGGCAGUCACAUUCUAAAGUAAUAAAGUGCCCGUUUUCUGAGCCGUUGUCAAUUACUGUAUUAGUCACUUCUGUAAAUCACUUUUGAUGCUAAAACAGGGGUCAAGUGUCUUGACAAUCCCUGCCUAUGUGUAAGAAAGUUAUGCGGUUUCAAAUGUUAGUCACUGCAGCCGAGGAAAUGUGGUUUUAGUGGCUAUAGGAGUUUCCCCACCACUCACACAUUGACUCAAACCGUUCCCUCACCUCUGCCUAAUGUGUUCUCCUAGGCUGCUACCACUAACACCAAGUCAGCCCUCAGUACCAGCAACAAGAAAACCACUCUAGCUGCAGACUUCCAGUUCCCCCCUGAGACCCUGUCCCAACUCAGCCUCAAACCUGCCAGCAUAGUAAGACCUCUCUUACACCCUCCCGUACACAACAACCAGCAUGGAAUAAACACAACAUUUUGAGCGACAUUUUGAGUGAAAUGAAUGUAACACACACUAGUUGACCCUGUCCUGCGUGUCCAUGGUGAUACCGGGGAACAGUGAUGUGCUAAAACAAUGUGCAGCCGCCACCAGAUACAGUCAGACCAUCACCGUAGCUGACUGGAACUGAUAUGCUGCUACAACUGAUAGAAGUGAAGAUUGUGAUGCCACAGAUGUGUGUUGUGUUCUAUGUCAGUAAACGUGUGUUCUGUCAGUAAGCAUGGGUGUUCUAUGUCAGGAAGCAUGGGUGUUCUAUGUCAGGAAGCAUGGGUGUUCUAUGUCAGUAAACGUGUGUUCUGUCAGUAAGCAUGGGUGUUCCAUGUCAGGAAGCAUGGGUGUUCCAUGUCAGUAAGCAUGUGUGUUCCAUGUCAGUAAGCAUGUGUGUUCCAUGUCAGUAAACAUGUGUGUUCCAUGUCAGUAAACAUGUGUGUUCCAUGUCAGUAAACAUGUGUGUUCCAUGUCAGUAAACAUGUGUGUUCCAUGUCAGUAAACAUGUGUGUUCCAUGUCAGUAAACGUGUGUUCCAUGUCAGUAAACGUGUGUUCUAUGUCAGUUGUGUAAAGAGGGCCAGAAGAGGUUGUCUGGAGAGCUGGAAGUCAUCGGAGAUUACGACUACAACAACGCCAACGACACAGCCAACUUCUGCCCUGGCCUGCAGGUCUGUAUUGUAACUCCCGUGUCAGUCUUAUACAGUUUCCAUGAUGUGUCAAUAAGACCGCAUGGUCUACAGAGAUAUCUAACUUGCCACUAUAUCAUUACCCCCACUAAUGCUAUAGUUUCAGUAGCUGUUUAGUAGCUAGUAGCUAGUUUUGUAAUUACUCGGCUAAUCUCUUGCUCGUCCUCUCUCUACAUAUCAAUCUGACUCUCUCUAUAGGGUGGGGACAGUGAUGAUGAUGAUGAUGGUGAAGGGUUCAAUGGGGGUGCAGAUGACACCCAGCCUUCCGCAGACAGUAACCUCGUCUCCUCACAAGACAAUGACAACGUGUCCACCUAUGGGGAGGACGACCUGGUGCCAGAACCACACCGGGUAAGACGGGUGGGCAGGGGAAUGGUUAUGUGGAGCCAGUGUUCAGCAAGUGUCAUGCUCUGAAAUUUGUGUAGAAAUUAAUAAAGACUAAAUAUUUUCCAAACAAGGUAAUGGGUAAACACCAAUGUUUUGGCACCCAUUGCCUUCUUCAGGGUAUAAAUGCUCUGAAAUGGCAGCAUCAUGUUUGAAAUAUUGUUAAAGCCCGGCUUUGCCUUUCAUUUCAGGUGAACAAGAUUGAGAUAAACUACGCCAAAACAGCUAAGAAGAUGGACAUGAAGAGGCUCAAGAACACCAUGUGGAAUCUUCUGACUGACAGUCUGGAAAAAACAGCCAAGGUCAAUUUUAAAGUGUUUUCAUUUCUCUUUUUUUCCCCUCCGAUCUCUCAUUGACUGGCUUCUAUGGUUGGCAAAUAUGUUUUUUUCCCUAUAUGCCUCUUCCUUGCAGGCCUGGGUAGAAUCUCAAUUGGUUUUGCUAGACUCAUAUCGCUUCUCUCCUCUGUCCUCUCCUCACCUGCUUUUGAAAAUGGUCAAAGGUAAUCAAGGAGUGGAAACAAAUACGCUUGUAUGAAGUGAGACUCUCCUGCUCCAAUUGCACGUCAUCAGGCAAAUUACGUAUACAGGGGUGGAAUCCCAAAAUAAAUGUGUUAAGUGAUAAAAACAAAUGUGGCUAGUUUUGAAAGAGAUGUUAUAGAUAAAAGGAUAAGUAGCGUUAAGUUUUUAAAUGUGUGCAUGCUUUUCUCCUUCGAGAAAACAGCUGAUUCAAAGGGGGUGUGGCGGAUUUUAAAACACUUCCGCGCUAGAAGCUGAAAGGAUACUCUUGUGCAUCCUCUGCUGAAGUAGGUAAUCAAGAGGGUGAGCACUCCUCCGUUCGCCUACUAACAAUUUGACACUCUCCUCGACCACUGAGUGUCCGGGUCAUGGAGGAGUGGACAGACUGUUGCCCAAUAGCUGACAUGCAUGAAGAUGGCGACCCCCAUGUACUUAAUACAAAUGCCUCAUUUGCAAAGUUCUCCGUAUUAUACAGUGCUCCCCAUUACUCUUGUUUUGUAUCUGCAUUAGCACAGUAAACUUGAUCCCAAUUCUAGAUCCAAGACUAUUUUAAAAAGCGAGAAAGUAGAUUGUGCUGAUUUAUUGGCACAUUGAACCAUGUCGCGUGCCGUAGUUUAAAAACUGUGGGUAUUGCUAAAACAAUAACUUACUAUCUGAAUUCCUCCAUCUUUAUACACCUUUCGUCAUUGAGAUUCUCCCCUAGGUUCAAAUACUAUUCAAAAGCUUUCAAAUACUUUGAGCGUUUGCUUAAGUCUGCCAGGAGUCCCAGGUCUGUGGGGUUUGCACUUUUGUAUUGGUUCCAUUGCAACAGGCAAACUCAAUCUAGCACAGAUUAAAUUUGAAAUGAUUUCAAAUAGUAUUUGAACCCAGGACUGCUUCCUUGUGGUUGACAGUGUUAUGUUGUGUUCUCAGCAGGAGGUGGAGAAUGCUGAGACUUCAGAGGUGUCUGGGGAGAAAGUCUUCAGUCAGACCACAAAGACCCUGCUUCAAAGGUUACCAAGCCUUAGUAUCACCACUGGGCCCAUUCUCAAAUGGCUCUAGUGUUCUUUCUCAGCUGCCAUUGAGGAGGAUUGUGGUGGAUUUUCUUCUUCUUUCCAUUAAAUUGGUAGCGAGAAAGACAUGCAUCAUUUAUUUAGACACUACUGCCAACUGAGGGACUUUGGAUGGUGAUGGUCCAAACAUUCAUUUGCUAAAAGGGAUGUGGAUGGGACAUACAUGCUGAUAAAUAAUGUAAUAAAAGCCAUGUCUUGUUCUUCCUCUCCUCUCCUGUCACUUCAGCCUGCCCCUCACCAUGGCUCAGAACCUGUCUGUGCCCCUGGCGUUUGUCGCCCUGCUGCACUUGGCCAAUGAGAAGGUGAGUAGCUACUUCUCUGACUUACUGCACCAUGUCAUUCCUAAAAUAAGUUGGUUCUAGACAUGGCUAUUACGUUGUCAUGUAGUGGUAGUACAUAUCUACAUUAUUAACUAAAAAUACAUUUGGCGCUUUUAUUAAUUGAGAGGGUUUGUGGAAGGGUUCAAUAAACCCUUUAAUCUGCACAAUAUAUAUUGGCUGUGCUAAGUAUAAACUUGAUAUGAAUCUUUCAGAUAGUCGUCAGUAUCAAGACUGUUUUCACUUGGUGGUUAAGUGUGAAUGAAGAGUGAACCAUGCCACUCACUCAUUAUUUGUCAGUUAUUGGCUGUUUCUUUCAACAGAAUUUGGAGCUCGUCAAGGUGGACGACAUGUCAGAUAUCAUCAUCAAGCAAGGUCAAUGAAAAGGGAUAAACGAUGGGAUUUAAACAACAGAUUUCAUUUUAAUCUUCAAUCUGCGUAUUCUCAAUUUUUCUAUGUUCAUGAUGAAUUCCGGGUCAUUCAUGUCAAGCAAAGGCACCAUCACAUUUAGGUUAACAAUGUAAUUUCUAGAAAAUGUAUAGUAAGUGCCCUUUAAAAUGACUCAUCUGUUUAUUACCUGAAUAGUGUUUUAAACAUGUUUACCUGUACAUUCCGUUUAACCUGUCCUUUUUUGUUCUACAUCUAUUGCUCUGGAUAAGAGCGUCUGCUAAAUGACUAAAAUGUAAAUGAUGUAAAUGUAUUGUGUGUAGAUACCAGUGAAGGCUGCUGAGGGGAGGAAGGCUCAUAAUAAUGGCUGGAAUGGAGUUAAUGGAAUGGUAUCAAACACAUGAAAACCAUAGGCCACGUGUAGCUCAGUUGGUAGAGCAUGGCGCUUGUAACGCCAGGGUUGUGGGUUUGUUUCCCACAGGGGGCCAGUAUUAAAAUGGCCCCCUGUGGUAAGUCGCUCUGGAUAAGAGCGUCUGCUAAAUGACUAAAAUGUAAAAUACCAUUCCAUUCACUCCAUUCCGGCCAUUAUUAUGGGCCGUCCUCCCCUCAGCAGCCUCCACUGGUAGAUAAUUUAAACGCUUCACUCCUGCCUUCCUCACGAUAGUGUAAUGUGUACAUACCAAAAAUAAAUAAAAAUGUGUUUUUCUACAUUACACAGGAAUCGGGUACAAACAAAAGCAAACUGCAAGGUAGCUAUUUUUAGGUAAUGGUUAUUUAUGCUCUACCUUGUUAUACAUUCAACUGGCGUCAUUGGAUUGUAGUGUACUCUUUGCAGCCUUGUCAUGAAUGUCCCAAACUGCACUACUUUUUUACCAGAGCCCUAAGGGAAUAGGGUGCCAUUUGGGACGCAAACACAGGCUAAAAACCGGUUGGUCAGGAUUAGCAGUGUGUGCGGGCUGGGUGAUACCGCGUCAGCAUGAUUGGUACAGCAGGAGCAGCUGGGAUGGGUGGAGUCACUCACUUAUUGAUCUGGUGGCUAUAGGGAGGUUUGCAUGCUGAUACAGCCUGACUAGUCUGAGAAUGUAUUGUAUGUUGUUACACUGCCUCAAUUAUCUCUAUCACACACCCCAUUCCUUAUCUUGAAUGACACAGUGAGUGGUGUCGCAGUGCUAGCUGUGCCACUAGAGAUCCUGGUUCGAAUCCAGGCUCUGUCCUAGCCUCUCCCAGUUGGGGCUGUGCAUAAUUGGCCCUGCGUCGUCCAUGGUAGGGGAGGGAAUGGCCGGCAGGGAUGUAGCUCAGUUGGUAGAGCAUGGUGUUUACAACGCCAGGGUUCUGGGUUCAAUUCCCACAGGGGGCCAGUAUGAAAAAUUAAAUAAUGUAUGCACUCACUAACUGUAAGUCGCUCUGGAUAAGAGCGUCUGCUAAAUGACUAAAAUGUGUACUUGUUUUCCAUAGGUCUACUCCCAGCAUUAAAGGUAUUACAUGUAAUGUAGGCUUACUGUAUGAGGAGAUUUUUGAUUUUGCUUAAUGCUUAAUGCUUGUCUGUAAGCUUCAAACGGGGGACGAGCAACGACUAGGAAAAAUCGUUUUGAAUGGUCAUCCAAGUCGGAAACUCGGGCACCUUUCUAGAGCUCCGACCUGAAUAUUACUGACGUCAUGAUUUGACCUAGUUUUUUUUUCCGAGUUCCCAGUUGUUUUGAUCGGCCAGACAGCAGAUAGAGGGGGUUCAUGCGCACAGAGAAGUUGCAGGUAAAAAGGAAACAGUUACUUACUGUAACCCCCAGCAUAUGAGCACAUAAUGAUGAUCAAGAAUCCUGAUAUGUGAAAGUUUGUAGGCCAACCAGCACAAUGACAUUCUGAGUUGGAUCAAUUUUUUCUUACCUGCUGCAGGUGCACCAGAGAACGCCGUGCUCUAA